UCGUCGUCUCGUCUCCCAACUCCCCGUCGCUGGUUCUUCCCCUGGCAACCGCACAGGCGUAUCCUCUCUGUUUGGUCGCAUGGCUAACUCUAACCUGGACACGGACAACGAAUCCCAAUGCGGAACAGAACCUGCUCCUCCUCCAUCAAACUGGGAAGAAUCCCAAGAUUCCAUGAAGAAGAAGCUGAUCGCGGAAGACGAAUUCGUAUCAACGGAGGCUUUGAGGUACGUGGGUGGAGUCGACAUAAGCUUUUCGAAAGAAGACCCGUCAGUGGCUUGUGGGACUCUCGUGGUUUUGGAGCUCCAUAGCCUCCGAGUUGUCUAUGAAGACUUCUCUGUCGUCACUCUUCACGUGCCUUACGUUCCUGGCUUCCUUGCCUUCAGAGAGGCCCCAGUGCUUCUAGAGCUUUUGGAGAAAAUGAAAAACAAUGCCAAUCCUUUCUACCCGCAGGUGCUAAUGGUUGAUGGAAAUGGAGUACUUCAUCCCCGAGGUUUUGGCUUAGCUUGUCAUUUAGGCGUGCUGGCUAAUCUCCCUACUAUUGGGGUCGGAAAGAAUCUGCAUCAUGUGGAUGGUCUUACACUGUCUAGAGUGAAGGAACUUCUUAAAGCGAGAGAACAUCUUGCUGAAGAUUUCAUUACUUUGACAGGAGAUUCGGGACGCAUAUGGGGAGUGGCAAUGAGAUCUACAGGAGGCUCAUUGAAGCCAAUAUUUGUUUCGAUUGGUCACCGAAUGUCGCUCGAUACUGCCGUCGCAAUUGUUAAAAUGACUUGCAAGUAUCGUGUGCCCGAGCCUAUCCGCCAGGCUGAUAUAAGAUCAAGAGAGUACCUUCGGAAGCAUCGGGUUUGACUAAGUUGUUGCUGGAUGAUCCAAGCCCGCGUACCCGGUAGAUUCGCUCUCUUCAUUUCACUUGCUAAAUGAAUAAAAUAAAUAAAUAAUAAUAUCAAGGGAUUUAUGGUGUGCUUAUCCUCCCUACUUAAUUUCGAACAGAGUUGUGUGGAAAAGUGAAAUCUAUAUAGCCGACCCCAAUUAGUUGGGAUUAAGGCUUGUUGUUGUUGUUGUUUAUCCUCCCUACUUACUCUGUCUUUGUAGUUUUAUUAGUUAUUUUGGAUAUCCUGUUCAUACAACUUUUUGAUAUGAAUGAC